GAGCACGGGAGCGGCUGCCGCCCCCGGGGCCGUGAGGGCUGCGCUGUGUGCGGCGGGCUGACCCCGCGCUGAGCCGCUUCGUCGGAGCCAGGCCCCGCUGCACGGCCGCUCCUCGCCGCCCCUGGGCCUCCGGGCCGGGCCCCUGCCCUGGGGGGCAUCCCUGGGUCGGCUCGUAUAAACGUGUGGUUAGCUGUCCGUCCUCAUGGAAUUGGUGGAACCAACAAAAUACCCUUUUGCUGCGUGGUGCAGGGAGGGGUGCACGUGUGGUCCGGCUGGACAGAGGAAGCGGCCUGUCCCCGCGCAGGACCUCCUGCCCACCAGGAGCCCCGGCUUGGCCUGUCCUGGCGGAGGAGGCUGCCACUCCUUCUACAUAAGCAGGCUUUGUACAUCAAACGAACUUCAGUGAAGUUAUUCUUGCCUCACACAAGUGGUAAGAGAAAAGAGAAGCAAGUUAUUCAUAUUUAAUGCUGUUUUGUGCCAGAUGUUUUGCUGGUAGAAAUCCAUAGCUCCACAGGCACCAAUUUCUUCAGGAUCUGGAAUGUCUGGCCCAAUUUCUUUCUCAUUCUGGAUGGUCUGUGAAAGAAACCACUUUAUUUUGCAAUAUUGAAUAUUCUUGCUGGGAAGUUAUAAGCAAAAAGAAAAUAAUGAGAGACAGGGUCUCAAACAAGCUUCCUGUCACAUGAGGCUCUGGUUCUAUUGAAGCAUAUGUGUUUGCUGACUUGCUUCCAAAGGGUUUGUUGAGUGGUGGUGAUUAGUUUCUGUUGUACUGAUGCUAUCUCUCUGUAGUCCCAUUCAAUACAAGUAGUUCUGUAAACAGUGAAGUCUUUUUUUCCUACGGAUUUGUAUCUUGGAUUGUGUUUCAGCAUGGAUUCUCUGAUGUUUAACGGGGAUUGAGUUCAUGUUUAGCCAAUUUCUUCAAUGAGGGAUGAAUAAUCUGUCUUUUUGGCCAUCUAUUUUCACAAAAUUUGCUGGAAUUAAAUAUCUUCAACGCCCUCUAUCAAAGUUGACUGGGAUUUAUGAACAAGAUUUGGAGUUACGUGGGGCUGUCCGAUGUAGACAAAAGUGACUGGGCAGCUCAGGAUUGAAGAUUAUUAUCACGCCAUGAGAGUCCUUCAUAAGAGCUGGCCAGCAUGUUUCAAACCUUGGAAAAAGAAGUUCAUGGAAAAUGGCAUUGGUGCCACUAUACGGUUACACGGACAGUCUCCUGUCAAGUGCAGAAUGGGUCAGAAACAGUGAUCCAGCGAGUUUAUCAGAGCUGCCGGUGGCCAGGACCUUGUGCCAACUUAGUGAGUUACAGGACUCUUAUAAGGCCCACGUACAAGAUGUCCUACCGAACUGUGACCACGCUGGAGUGGAGGUGCUGUCCCGGGUUCACAGGGAGCAACUGCGAGGAGGGUUCCCUGGGCCGCCAGCACGGUCGCUCUUCCAGCCGGGACCAAUGCAUGAACUGCACGAGACUAGCGGAUAUGACCGAGAGGCUGAACACACUUGAGGCCAAGAUCCUUCUGCUUGAAGCUGCGGAACGAAGCCCACCACUGGAAAACAACCUGCCCAUCACCGGGACCACGGCCACCUGGUACGACGACUUGCUGCCAGAUGCCUUUCCCCUGCUAAAUCCCGGGACUGUCCUGAGGAAAACAGUGGGACCUGUUGAGCCUAAAGGACACAGAGGUGCAGAGGAGCAGCUAAUAACACAGGGGCUGCCAGGACAGGUUGGUCCUCCAGGCCCAGUUGGACCAACUGGUCUUCCAGGACCACCAGGACCAAAAGGAGAGAAGGGACAGCCAGGGGAGAGGGGCCCAGCGGGGCCACCAGGGCUGCUGGGACCUCAAGGACCGAGAGGACUUCCAGGAGAAACCGGGAUUCCAGGUCCCCCAGGUCCUCCAGGGCCACCUGCCACCCCGAGCCUCCCUCUUACCUUCCAGCAAGGGGUUCUCUACUCCCUCCAGCCCACAGCUGAAAAAGAAAAUGGAGAACCCCAGUUGGCCUCCACCGUCAUAGAUACCAUCAUGGCUGGCCUGCCAGGACCACGGGGAGCCCCGGGCCCCAUGGGACCCCCAGGACCACCAGGUGCAUCGGGACCCAAAGGGCCCCCAGGACCGAUUGGAGCCCCUGGAUCACAAGGCUUACCAGGCUCUCCAGGACAACCUGGGCCCAAAGGCUCCAAAGGAGACCGAGGAGAGAGGGGGCAAGCAGGUCUGACUGGAGAGAGGGGCAUUAAGGGAUUUCCUGGUGAACCAGGCAAGAAGGGCGAGGAAGGUGAUAAAGGUGCUGAUGGGGAAGGUGUUCAACAACUUCGAGAAGCUCUGAAGAUUUUAGCUGAGAGGGUCUUGAUUCUAGAGCACAUGAUAGGAAUUCAUGACUCUUUAUCUUCCAUUGAGCCAGGCUCCGGACAAGACGUGAUCCCGGGUUCCCCUCUGCGAAGCAGCAUCAAGAUCAAGCGUGGAGGACCCCAGCAGCCACAAGCCUACCAGAUCCUCUCUUCACUGCUGGAUGACAGUGAAGCCAAAAGGAGAAGCAUUCGGAUGAAGUAGGAGCAUCUCUGUGUUCUCCCUGCCCAUCCACCAGUUAAAGAUACAGUAUCCCAGUGCUUAAUUGCAGAGUGCAAAUGAAGUGAGUAGGAAGCUCUA